CCGGGGACCGCCGGGCCCGGGGCGCUGCGCCGCCCUCCGACCGCUCACCUCCCCUUCACCGUCACGCCGCGUUUCCGUAUGAGCUCAUCCAGAGACAGGUCCGCCAUCUUGUGGCGGGGCCGAACGACGAGACGCAGCAAGGAAGCCCCGGAGGUGACACCGUAGGACUUCCGGCCAUCGCCCCACCCCCAGAAGCUCGACGGGCCCCGCCCUCGGCCCCGCCCCGUGCGGCGGGGAGUGCCCACAACCCCCCGCGGCACACGGGCCGCUCAUUUGCAUACGAUUCCGAACGUCCCGGUGCGGUUCUGCUCGCGGCAGCGGCUCCGUGGCGCAGAACGGACAGAGACCGGGCAGAAGCCUAAGGGAACUGUCAUUGAAUUUAUCCGUGAUAAGAUAACUGGGGAGCCGCUCGCCCUGGCCUAUAGAGCUAGCGCGCAGAGGUGUUCCGGCGGAGCUGAAGGAGAGUAGUUAUGCCUUAAACUUAUGAGUAAGGAAAAUAACGACCCGGGGUGACGCCCGGGUCCUCACUGCUAAUGUGAGAGGAAUUUUUGCGCGGGUACAGGUCGCCCCCGGGUGCCCCGCCUACUUCGCGGGAUGCCCGGGUGCCGUGAUCUGCCCGACCCUCUGUGCCGCGCGUGUUAACAACAGAGCUCUGUGUUCACCUGCAGUGCUUGGGGAUAUUCUCGGCCCGCUCGUAGCGUCAUCCGCCCGCUGUGAUGCGGCCGGACACCGCCUCCUCAGUGCUCUAGCACGUGGUUACCGGGAAUUCGAAUUACUUUACAGAUCAAAAAUAGCUUAACUAGUGUCUCCCUCCUUCUGCUGCCUUCACUGAUCUGCCUUAAGGGCCUUCACGAAGCUAAGAAAUACAUCAACCCACUCCUAAUAUAUCAUGUGUCUGCAGGAAGUGAUUCCUUUUCUAUGCUUCUGACGGAGGAAUUAGGCUAUUCAAGAUCAGACUAAAAUUGAAAAACGGCAGUGAAAGGGAAAACUGUCUUAUGCAGCUUGGGCGGAGGUGACCUUCCAGGGAUGCCUCCUGCCCUACCUAUCUUGACCUGCAGGACUGUAGCUCACUGCAGAUCCUGGUGCUGCUGAGCCUCCCUCCCAAUGCCCUUUUGAAGCACAGAGCACCCCCAGGGCCUGCAGUGUGGGGUUUCUUCCUGUCAUUAGAAAACACUUCUCCAAAAUGCAGUUUUGCUCCCGCCUGCAGCUCUGUCUGAUCCCCAGCACCUGUCACGAGUUUCACUUGUGACCCCUCCACAGCCUCCCUGUUACCUUCCUGCCAUCUCCCCACCACAGGAUCCUGAGCUGUAAUAACUCCAAGGCAUUGCCGUGGAUGCGGCAGCAUCCAGCGUGUUGCUGCAGAGCUGGCGGCCCAUGUGUACUCCAUGCGAGAUACACGAGGAAAACUCCUGGACUUCAGUAGAGCAGAAGCUGCCAGUGAGAGCCUGGGACAAAUGCAGAGAAGAUGGGCACCGCUGAGGCAUGCUCACAGUCACACAGGCUCAGGAUCCCAGAGCACUGAUUCUGUUUCAGGAACGUUUCGAGCCUCGGUGAGCCUGUAGUCAUACCAGCAGUGACACCAAGUCCCUGCUUAGUUGUCCACUGGUGCUUGAUCCAGUUCCAGGGUGGAACAUGACUGCAUUACUCUCAAAUUAAGGGAAGACACAGAGACCUGAACAUUUUUGAAGGUUAUACCAGGAAUGUCAGUUAAUUUGUCUCCAGGUACCAGCACCUGCCAAGCAAUGCCUGCAGCAGCAGCUGCUCACCAAGCAGGAAGUAUUUCACUAUGGAUUCCCUGAACAGAGACGUGCUCAGGACAGUAUUUAGAGAGCCCUGAGGAGAGAACUGGAGCAGAAAGACCCUGCCAGGACCUCCCUGUCCUUCUUCCUCCUGCUGCACCCUUCGUUGCCAGCAUCUCCUCCACCAUGUCGUUCUCUGAAGCAGAAGUGCAAAGUGCCCGCGGUGCCUGGGAGAAGAUGUAUGUGGAUGCUGAGGACAAUGGGACAGCUGUGCUGGUCAGGAUGUUUACUGAGCACCCAGACACCAAGUCCUACUUCACACAUUUCAAAGGCAUGGACUCUGCUGAAGAGAUGAAACAGUCAGACCAAGUCAGGGGCCAUGGCAAGAAGGUUUUCACUGCCAUCAACGAUAUGGUGCAACACCUGGACAAUUCCGAGGCUUUUCUUGGGAUAGUGAACCCACUCGGCAAGAAACACGCCACUCAGCUGAAGAUUGACCCCAAAAACUUUAGGAUUAUCUGUGACAUUAUCUUACAACUGAUGGAGAAGAAAUUUGGUGGAGACUGCAAAGCUUCCUUUGAGAAGGUAUGAACAUCUCCAGGGCGUGGAUUUCACAGUGUAACUCCCAGCAAAUUACUCUGGCUGUGUUCCCUGGCGAGGGCAAUAGCACCGAGCUCACUGACUCCUGUGCUACUCAAGAGUGCACCCAGCUGAGGGAAGCUGCUGCCUCGCUGAGUGGGUGACAUGGUGGGCUCAGCCCAGCAUGGAACUCAUCCUGCCCAGUUGCACAGCCUCGGCCUCCCUUCAGUGGUAACUGAGUCCUGAACUAUUUAAUUGCUUUUCUUCGUAUUCCUUAGAUGUGGUGAAACAAUCAGCUAAUAACUGCAAAUAACCACAUGCUGGUUUGCUUCAGUGUAACACAAUAAACACAGAGAAAGCA